AUGCCUGGCUCUCCCAAUGAGUCCAGCGGCUCAUCACAGCCAUUCUCCCGUCACCGGUCGAUCGCUAUCCCAGAGGAAGCUACACUUCCCUCGAUCCCUUCGCACACCAAUCAACCACUUGUCGAAACGCAACAUGGCACACUUUUGCCUUCGUCAUUCAAUCAGAGAACUCCCACUCGAUCCUUUUUCCACCGUUCCUAUCAUGUUGCUGCCGAUGUCCCGCCUCAUUCGCCGUUAGCUGUGCGAGAGCAGACAGCGGAAUUAGCAUCGUGGGCUCUGUCCGACGCUGCUUCAAUGCAGAGUGGAAGCUCUCCGCCUCAUCAUUUUAUGGAUGAGGAGGCUGGGUCACAAACCUCCGAUAUCAACACUGGGCAUGCUAGUAAUUCGGAAGACGGAAUCUUAACCCCGCGAGCCUCUAAUGGACCUUCACAACCGGAGGUGGAUGAUCCGCCUUCAGAAACCGGUUCCCCGCGCAGCACGUCUUCUUCCACCCACAGAACCCCAAAAACUUCGUAUCUCACAGAGAUGCUCCGGAACUCCCCACCAGAUUCAAAGCCCUCCCCACGCCGCGAGGAUACCAAGGAUCCUACUCCACCAGAGCGUAACGUACCCACAGUAGAAAUCUCUCAAGAACCUGAUCAUGGAAUUGGCGAGAACACACCCUUGUUAUCAAAGAGGACGGAUCCACAGUAUCAUGCCUCCAAUUCUCAAAAUCAAGCACAAGAUAUUGAGAGUUUGACAUAUUCAAAGCAAUCAACCUGGAGUAAGCUCCAAACUUUUAGUAGCAGGUCAACGCAUCGCGCUCGAGACUGUCUUCGAAUGGCGACGAGUCCAAAGGUUUGGAACAAGGAAACCAUUUGGCGAGGAGGGGUGCUUGAGGUUGGAAGCCGUCUACCCGCUGUGAUUCUUGGUCUCCUGAUGAACGUCUUGGACGCGCUGUCUUAUGGAAUGAUCCUCUUCCCUCUCGGAGAACCUAUAUUUGAGGACCUUGGUCCGGAUGGUUUAUCAAUCUUCUACGUUAGCUGUAUCGUCUCCCAGCUAGUGUACUCUUGUGGUGGAAGCAUUUUCAAAGGCGGAAUUGGCUCCGAAAUGAUUGAAGUUGUACCAUUCUUUCAUAAAAUGGCAUUCACCAUCAUGGCCCGAGUCGGAGAAGACGACCCGCACGCCGUCAUUGCGACCACGAUUCUGGCUUUCUCUGUGAGCUCCGUUCUCACGGGACUUGUAUUCUUCCUCAUGGGCGCAUGCAGAUUGGGAGCGCUGAUUGGGUUUUUCCCGCGGCAUAUUCUUCUAGGUUGCAUUGGAGGUGUCGGAUGGUUUCUUGUGGCUACUGGGUUUGAGGUUUCCGGAAGACUCCCUGGCAGUCUGGAGUAUAACCUACCAACUCUUAAGUUUCUUACACGCGCAAAUACCAUACCUCUUUGGGUAGUGCCUCUAGCUCUUGCAAUCAUUCUGAUGGUUGCGCAGCGUUGGAUUAAGAGCUCUCUGUUUGUGCCCAUCUACUUUUUGGCCAUCCCUGCAAUAUUCUACUUCUUUGUCGGGGUGAUACCGUCGCUUCAUUUGGAACCCCUAAGAGGAGCGGGUUGGAUUUUCGAAAUGCCUCGGGCUGGUGUACCUUUCUAUCGUUUUUACACCCUUUUUGACUUCAGAGCAGUACAUUGGGGUGCACUAGCUGAGACUAUACCUGCCAUGUUCGCCUUGACAUUCUUUGGGGUCCUACAUGUCCCCAUCAACGUACCAGCCAUGGGUAUUUCGUCAGGAGAAGACAACGUAGAUCUUGACCGAGAGCUAAUUGCUCAUGGAAUAUCUAAUGCUCUCUCUGGCUGUGUUGGCAGUAUCCAAAACUAUCUCGCCUACACAAACAGUCUACUCUUUAUGAAGACAGGUGGCGACAGCCGACUAGCUGGAAUCCUGCUGGCUAUUGGAACUUUUGGCAUUAUGGUCAUCGGCCCGACCAUCAUUGGCUAUAUCCCGAUCAUGGUGGUCGGCGCCCUCAUUUUCUUGCUUGGAAUUGAUCUAAUGAAGGAGGCUUUGUAUGAUACGUGGGGACGAGUUCACCGAUUAGAAUAUUUUACUAUCGUGGUCAUUGUUGUGACCAUGGGUGUAUGGGAUUUCGUCAUCGGCAUCUUGAUUGGAAUCAUACUGGCGUGUGUUAGCUUUGUUGUGCAGACCUCGCGCAAGUCAGCAAUUCGGGCGUCUUAUUCUGGCGAGAUCGCUGUCUCAACCGUCCGUCGGCACGUUUUGCAACACCGUUUUUUGACGAAGGUCGGACAACAGACUCAUGUCGUCAAACUAGCUGGGUACCUCUUUUUCGGCACCAUUGUCAGCGUGGAAAAUCGAGUCCGUGCGAUGAUUGACGAAAAGUCUUUCAACGAAAAGCCUAUACGAUUCUUAAUAUUUGAUCUUCUUCAUGUUUAUGGCAUUGAUUUUUCGGCCGCCGAAGCAUUUACUCGGAUAAGCCGUCUUCUUCACACGAGAAAUGUGAAGAUGAUUGUGAGUGGCGUUAGUCAGGACGGUGAGAUGGGGAAAAGUCUGCGGAACGUAGGCCUUUGGGAGAAGGAUGAUGUUGAAAUAUUUGAGGACCUUAAUUCUGCACUUGAAUUCUGCGAGAAUGAGCAGCUCAAGGCAUUCUACCACAAGAGGGAUGAUCUAGCUCGAAAGCAUGGCCGCACGAACGUUCUGAACGUACCAAGGCAGCCUUCCCUAUCUUUCUCAUAUGACACCACCUUCAGCUCUCCAAGACGACAGCAUUUACAGCAGGCUGCGACCACAACGCUUAACGAUCUUGACGCUCAGGCUCCUGCAAAAUGGCAAAAUUUCAAGCAGCCUUUACCGUUGAUUCUCCAGACCUUCCAAGACUUGACCGAGAAGAAUGAAGAUUUUUGGUUCAGAAUCUGCCCCUACUUUGAAAAGAUGCAGUAUCCGGCUGGAACUAUUCUCUAUCAGCGCGGAGACGAGUCCAAGGGAUUUUACCUACUGGAGGAAGGAAUUUUGCGGGCCGACUACGAUCUUCCGCAAGGGAAAUAUUAUGAAAGUAUCGUCGCUGGUACGACGUGCGGGGAGCUUCCAUUCUUCUCUGAAACGAACAGGACUGCAACUGUGGUUGCCGAACGAGACUGUACCGCUUGGAGGUUAACAGUAGCCAAGUGGGAGGAGCUUCAAAGUAAACAGCCCGACGUCGCUCGUGAACUUUUAACCAUAGGGUUGAAAUUGACAAGCGAGAGGAUGAGCGCAAUUACAUCUUAUGUUCUUACGAUGGCGAGUUAA